AUGACAACUCCCGCGGCAACCACACAGGAUGGUUAUGAAGUUCAGUUUGGCACCAAUCACAUGGGUUACGCCCUUUUGACCAAAUUAUUACUUCCAGUCCUGGAGCAGACCGCCAAUGCACCCAACAGCAACGUCCGAAUUAUCAACCUAAGUUCCUCCGCCCAUAAUCAAGGCCCAAAAGAAGGCUUGCUUCUUUCCGAAGUCAAGUCUCCUAUGGCCUCUACGAGUACAUGGCGAUUCUUCGUGAUCCCUGUCAAGGAUGGAGCGCUCAAUGAGCUCUGGACCGCCACCGGUCCAAAUGAAGAUGUCAAACAAGCUGCCUUCUACUAUCCAGUCGGAGUAGAAUUCCACGGGAGCCCAAUGGUCAACGAUCCAAAGAUGGCAGAGAAACUGUGGGAUUCCACGGAGACAGAACCCCGGGAACACGGAUUUUGA